AGGCCUGAUUCCGCAGUCAGCUAAUCUUCUCUACAAAUGAAUUAGGUUCAUGAAAGCUUUCAGCUGGGCUCAUCAGCUGAGAUGAAUGUGAGGAACAGUGUAAGGUUUUGCAAAUUACGUCACGGGGAUUCUCUCAGCUGAAAAAUGGUGAAGCUUGUUAUGUUUGAUCUCGGGGGUGUCAUCAUUACAAGUCCUAUCUUUGCAUUUCAGAAAUAUGCGUGGGAAAAAGGAAUUGAGAGGUAGCUAGGAAUUUUGUGUACAUUCUAGAUUUGAAAGUUGUCUUAAACAAACCAACAAACAAACAAAAACAGACAAAGUAUCAAAGCAAAUUUCUGUAUAGUCGUUUCUCUUGCAUAAUAUUGCCUCGAAAGUCCUGGACUUGACUGUUUCUUAAAGUUAAUAUUCUUUGACGAACUUUCUUAUUUAAUUUCAGAGAGGUGAUAAUAAAAAGCUUCAUUGACAAUGCAAAAAGACUUGAAACAGGUCAAGUUUCCCUUUCUCAGGUGUGUAUAAUCAUUUCUAUCUGUAGAACUCAGUGUAUGAAAAGUUUUGCAGCCAUCAUGAGGAAGGCCAAAAGUGAGAAAUAAGCGUCGACCAAGGGAUAACUGAUAGACAAGAGGAAUGAGAGGGAAUGGAAUGGGAAAGAAAUUACUUUUUGUACAUACACCCUCCCCUCUGCCUCUCCUUAAACACUGAAACUAGUGUUCCUUCAUAGGAUAUGAAUAUAUAAUUCACCAUUCAAAAUUUUUGUUUUGCUUUUUUUUUUUUUUAAUUUUUUUUUUUUAAAGUUCUGCUCUGAAAUGGAUGCAAUGUAUGCAGAGUAUGCUUCAAAACAAGGGAGUGAUCUCUACAAGUCUAUAAGCUUCCAAGACAUUAUAGAUGAGUACUCCUCAUCAGCAAAAGUAAUUCCAGAAAUGCUUAAUGCUGCAACAGCUCUGAGGAAGCACGGUUAGUAAAAAUGAUUUUUAGAAAGGUGGCAAUGGCCUACUUGAACUAUUAAGAUAAUUUUUUUGGAUCUGGAUUGUUAUACUCCCCAGCACAGUUGACUCAUAGCAGUGAUUUGUUAGAUAAUACACAUUCCUCUCACAUUUUAACACACUCUCAAUUAGACAGGUAGUGAGGAUUGAAAUAAAUAACUAAUCAAUUGAUAUUAACAAAUAAUGUUGAAUUAAAUUCCCUGGACCAGCUAAAAAAAGAAAUCUGUUGUCAUUCAUGAGGAGAAUUUAGGCUUAUGGAACUUGGCAGAGGUAAGGCCUACAACGACAUAGGGUUCAAGUUGCCUUUUAAUAUACAAAGGAAUUCAUAUAACUUUGAUUACAUUACAGGUACUUUUAUCUGACUAAUUGUGGUGCUUAUAUUUUCAGGUAUCAAGACUUGUAUCCUGACAAAUAAUUGGACCAACGACUUAGUGAAGAACUUCAGAUCAUUGCCUUUUCCACAAUUGCUUCACUACUUUGAUGAGGUGUUUGAAUCAUGUAAAAUUGGUCUCAGUAAACCUGACCCAGAUAUUUAUACACAUGUCUGCUCAAAGAUGGGAGUGCAACCUUCAGAGGUGUAUAUUUAUUUACUGUUGAGAAUAUAAAGGAUUCUUACAAAGUGUGAAAGUUAAUGAUACCUGUAGAUAUUACAAUAUAACUGCCAUAUAUUUGUGGUAUUCCAUCUAAAUUAUACCACGAAGUCUGAUGUUGUUCAAUCAUCUUUUAGUAAUGAAAAUUGCCAAUAGAAGCCAUUUAGGUAUCAGCUCUGGCUAUCAAAGACAAACAUUAUCAUGUUAGCUUGCUGCAUAGUAGGAUUUGACUUGAACUCAAGCAAGUUUUAAGCCUUUUGCUGGACUGUUUUGAGGAAGAAUGUGGAAUUAUACUUUUUCAAGACUUCUUGCCAGAGAGGGUUGACAAUAUUACCUUUCACUGCUGAGUGUCGACCUUUUGACCCUAAGAGUGACUAGCAUCUAAUUUCUCCCUGCAAUAUCAUCACUGAAUCACAUAUAAAGGUCAUGAGAAUAAAGAAAAUUAUGAUCACCAACUAGAGAAGCUCAUGAUUGUUGACUAAAUUCUCCUCAUCAGCAAUUUAGGAAAAUUUAUAGAGAAUGGUCUGGAGAAUAUACACUCUGAUGCUAGAGUGUAGUGGGUGAAAUGAUGUUAAUUUGUUAUUUCUGUCCUAGGUGAUAUUUCUGGAUGAUUCCCCUCAAAAUCUCAAACCAGCAAAAGGAAUGGGAAUGUUAACCAUUCUUGUGAAAAAUCCUGUUACAGCUCUCAGUGAUCUUAAAAAGAUAACAGGAAUUGAUGUAAGUUUGAUGUGUUAGGAAAGAUCAGAUUUAACUUGGUGCAAAGCAUGAGAACUGAUACAGUCAGUACAAUUGGUGGACAGACUUAUCAGUGACUCUGACUCUUUUCAAUCAAGAUUACUAUACUGACCUUUAUGUUAUUGUCUCUGUGCAUUGUAGGUUUUUCAGCAGUAUGCAAUGGAACCUUGUGCUCCUCAUGAUGCUGUUCACUGCUACAUCAAUCUUAAGGUUGAGCUACUCUUUACAAUAACCCUUUAAAUUGAAGAGUAACACUUGAUUUCUUCAGGACCCAAAUUACUAAAUCACUGUUUGUAGACUUUUUUACUGGAUGCAUGGGGUAUAUUUUAUGCAGAUAAUGUUAUAAAACUUUAAAACAACAGUAGGAAACCAGAAAAAAAACAGUUACCAUAGACAUUAGUAAUAAUACUUGUUUCUUUUCUCGUCUAGCCCAGCCCAAAUUUUUCAGGAAGUGCCACCUGAUUGUCUAAACACAGCUUACAUAAAGACUGUUUAGUGCAUUUUAAGGAAUCUUCUGAACCAACUUAGAAGAAGCACUAAAGCCAUAACCAGAGUCACUAAUAAAGAUUUUGGUAUUUGUAGACAGGUAUCAGGAUGCAUUAUGUGGAAAUGGGGCAUGGACCUGUUGUUAUUUUGCUUCAUGGUUUCCCUGAAUUGUGGUAUAUUUGGAAAUAUCAGGUAAGCCUUACCAAAAAUUGGAACAGUAACUUUUACUUACCUAAUAUUUAUUAAUUAUUAGUUUUAAUUUAUGAUUUAUUCUUGAUAUCUGUACAGUCCAAUACUUUUAUUAUACUCUUGACCAUGGCUAAAAUCUUCAAUCUUCAAGACUUUACAAUGUACUCUCCUUGUUGUGAUUGUCUGGAAAAAAUUUGCCCUUCCCCCUUGUCUAAAAAGACUGAAUAGUGAGAGAGACUGAGUGGGAUGUUUCUACAAUAACUUGUCCAGGGUUGUGGCCUGUUUUAAGGUGUUAUUUUGUGUAUGUUAGAUCACAGCUCUGGCCCUUGCUGGAUACAGAGUCAUUGCCCCAGAUCUUCGAGGGAUGGGGCAAACAUCAAGUCCAUAUGGUAAUAGUUGUUACAUGAUGAAACAGUUUUAUUGUCACAGCUAUCAAAUAAAUGAUAUUUGUAAGAAUUUUGGUCAUUUCAUAACCAAUGCUAUUUGCUAACUUCAAGGCUUAUUAAUUCUAAUAGAAAGCUUUUAGAGAUACAUUAAAGCUACAAAAACUAUAUUUUCACAGUCUAUUUUCUAAAUUUUUUUGGGUUGAGGUAAUAUUUGAUAUAUUGACUUCAGCUGUCUUUUUCAGACAUGAAAAGUUUAUCUUCAUUUUUAAGUUGCACGUCAUUUCGUAAUUAUAACUUGAUUUCAGCUGAAAGUUUUGAAAUAUUUUAAAUUAUGUUUUCAGAGCUUGAGGCCUAUGGAAGGGAACAUGUGUGUGCUGUAAGUUUUACAUGAUUAUGUCUUCUUUGUGCUAGUAAUAAGACCUCUGGAAGCAUGAGACCACUACAGAAACCAACAGUGUGCUAAUGAAAGGGUGAAUAUUCAAUAUUUUAUUCUUUUUUCCACAGGACAUUGUUGCUCUGAUGAAUUCAUUGGUAAGUAUCUGCUCCAUGUUUACUGUAACAGCAUAGUUUUAGACAUGGUAUAUUUCUUUUAUGAGGGGCUGAUGUUUGUUCAGAAAUUAAAUAUUUCAAAACUGAAAUGUUUUGUGAAAAGGUGAUUAUUGGGUUAAGAAAAUGAACUAAACUUUUUAAAAACAUGUUUCAAUAAUUCUUCUGUCAUUCAGUUCUGAAUAAUACAAAUUACAAAGUUGAAUUUAAAGUGUGUAACAAAAUGCUGAUUGGACAAAACAAACCUUUGUGACAGAACAAUAUUUGCAUAUAUAAGGAAAGUUUUAAAUUAACAUGAUAAAGUUGAUUAAGUUUGAAUGCACCAUGAAGUGUAAUAAACAGUGAUUCAACAAUAAUUGUACCAUCAAGUUAAUUAUAUUUACCAGUAAUUAGUAUUUUAUAUUCUUUUUGAACUCAGAAUCAUCGGCACUGUUUCCAAUCUAUUGUCACCAUCGAUAAUGUUAUAAUGCCCUCAAAAUUUUCAGUUAUGACAGAAUUGACCAGAUGAGAGCAAAUUAAAGUUUAUUUUUCUCAAUGCUUUGUGCCAGACGGUAAACAUGUUGUUUUGAUAAUUAUUUCCUCAACCAGUACAUUCAACAGGCCACAGUAGUGGGUCGUGAUCUUGGCGGUUUUAUUGCCUGGGACCUUAGCCUUCAUUACCCUGAGAGGAUCCUGUAAGUAACUCAGAUGUUCUUCCAGGUUUUUAUUAUUUUUAACUGAAAGCACACUCACUAAAUUUAAUAACCAACUUUGUUGAUGGAUGUAUAUUAAAUUGAUUUCAUAUCACUGUUUGCUAUGCCUGAGAAGUUGGUUGGGGCCUAUAUGUUGUCAGUAGUAAAAAUUGAAUAUCAGGCAAAAAAGGUUUCAAGUUGUUUGAUUUCUUAUCUUCUUUGUGCUAGGUACAUCACCAUAAUUGAAUGUUACUAUGUUUACAUUAAUCGAAAUACAUUUUGAACUAGUCUGAAAUUAUUUCCACCUGUAAUCAUACCUAUCUUAAACAUAUAUCCAUGUACAGUAUAUCAUAGUUGAUAAUUCCCUUAUUUCUUCUGAUCUAAUAAUAAGCAUAUACUUGUUUACUGAAAGGUUUAAUUCCUGAUCAAUGGAGGUGUUUUCUUUCAGGGCUGUGAUAAACAUGACACCAUUCAUUCCCUCUUUUUCAACCAUGAACCCACUGGAAAGACUGCAAGCCAACCCAGGAGUGUAUCAGUAUCAACUUUACUUUCACAAGGAGGUUAGUGCUACAGCAAGUAAUUUGUAAUAACUCACUCACAAGCAUUAUUUUUAAAAAAAACCCUCACACUUUACACCAAGUAACUUUGCCGCUGAAUAAAUAUUAACUAAAUGUUCACUAGGGUGUUCCAGAGAAAGAACUUGAGAGAGACUUUGAAAGAACAUUUGUCAUGCUAAUGAGAGGCGCUAAUGAUCAUCAGGUAAGGAAGUACUCCUAGUUCUUUGAUGAUAUAGAAGCCUUAAGCUGGGCUGUGAUGGUGUGGAUCACUUGAAAUGUCAUGGAUAGUUUUUUAAAAUGUCCAAAUAAAAACAGACUGAAGCAUUAGCCGGAGACAGGGCAACUUAAUUUCUUUAAAUAUGCUACGGUAGGCAUAUAAAUUUUUCUUGGUUAUAUACUAAGCUGGGUAGCUACUUUUAUCAUUGUACAACUUUUCUAGACUUAAAUUUAUUUAUUUAGAAACUGAAAUGGAGUACCUAUGAUGUGCUUGAAAGAGGUAUGUUUAUUUACUGUGCUAAUGUACAACACCAACUUACAACUUCCCAACGCAAGGUCCAUUCCAAGCUAAGAGCAUGAUAUUCUCUCCUAUAUGUAUUUAGGUGGACUUUUUACUGGGCUGCCAGAAAAAGUGGAGAAAAGCUGGAUUCUAACUAAUGAUGUCUUGAAGUAUUUGGUGGAAAUGUACAACAAGACAGGGUUUAGGUUAGAAACAACUCAAGAUAAGGUUAACUUGAAUAUUCAUCAAUAAUAAAAUUAUUUUAAUUUUAAGAGUGUUAUUUCAGAAGUACCAGUCCUCCUGUGCCCAAUUUGCUCUGUUAAUUUGAUAGUUUCAUUGUAAUUGAGAAUCAAACCAAAAUGGGCAACAGACUAAUAUUACUGUAACAUGUGAUGCUUAUAGGGGGCCAUUGAAUUGGUACAGAACAAUGGAAAAAGACUGGAAAUGGAAUUGUAAGGUAUCUGGCCGUAAGGUAAAUCUGAAAUUUCCUUUUUACUUUGAAUUCCUGUUGAGGCUCUCACUGAUUAUUUAAAGAUCUUUUUACACAUCUCAGUUCUCCUCACAAUAUCUAGUAUCUGUUGAACUGAUUUUUCUUCUUCCCCAUUGAAAUGUAACAUGAUUUUUUUGUGUGUUUGCCGCCACUGUUAUUGGGAGGAGGUGUCAGUGGACCUUUUCUUUUUAAAGGUUUUACUUCUUUCUGUAUAGGUGCAACAACCAAGUUUAAUGAUCACAGUAGGAAGGGAUGUCCUCAUAAAACCUCAGUUCUGUGUCAAAAUGGAUCAAUGGGUAAGCAAAACAGUCUGUUGUCAGUUGUUACAAAAAGUUUUUUAAUGAUUCAUUUCAUUUGGUAACUAAAACUGAAACUUAGCACUGACAUGCAGUGACAUUACUUAAAAUCAUUUAAUGUGUCUUUCCUUGCUUUCACACUUCUUUCCCCAUAAAAUUUUUAUAUGCUUCUCUUUUAGCUGUGAAUUAUUGCUGAGAAUUUUGGAAAUUUAAGGAGUCAUAUGUCUUUGUGACAUUUUUUCCCAGUUACUGACCUCUCUUACUUUAACUGCAUAACAAUCCAACUGGUUCGAGGAAUGAGUGCAGAUAGGGUUACAUGUACAUUAGGACUUUUGGGACUUUGUAUCACCUUCUGAGUAACUAUGAAUCCUGAGAGAGCAAAAAUAGAACCUAAGCUGACAUUUAGUAUUUAACAGGUCUUAAGGGCCCAAUUAUUUUUUUGUGGAAAAUAAAUUGUACUAUCAGGGUAACAGUAUGCUGAGUAUAAUGAUGUUCUUAAAGUUUGAUAGUGUAUUCUGAUAUUGUUGGUGAGGGUGGUCCUGACAAGGACUACUGUGACUGACGACAACAAUACACUUGACCCUGAUGAUUACUCAUGCUCAGGUUGUUGAAUCAUCAGUUUUCACUGAUGACAACAGUCCUUGUCAGGACUACACUUACCUGAACGACCAGACUACACUAACACAUGUUACCCCAGGUUCAAAUUAUGUAUUCUAUUUUUAAGAUUGUGAUAAUUUUUCUUAAGAUUCCUAGACUAGACAGAGCACACAUAGAGGAGGCAUCACAUUGGGUAACACUUGAAUGGUAUGGAAAAUGUCAACCUAAAUAUUAGAUAUUUAUAAUGAAAUUAUUUAUCUGUAUUAAUAAGAGAAUUUUCCCAAACAUACAGGUUAACCCUGUCGCUCUAAGAUCUCAAUAUAAAAUCUCCCCCCAUCUGCCAGAUAUUUCUUAUCACUUUAGUUAUGAGAAUUUGGUGCUUAAUCAGACAAUUUGCAAAAGAUGGUUCUUGCUUUCUUCUAUUAUUAACUACUAGUAAAUAUUUAAGUCACAUUUCUUCUCACUGUUAAUUUUUGUAUUCUUUUCAGUCCGUUGGAAUUGAACAGAAUCAUGGUGGAUUGGUUGAACAAAGUUCAUGCAACACAAUCUUAUUUCUCCAAGUUGUAACACAAAUAUAUGAUAAGAGAAUGUUUGAUGAUGUGUGAAAAAGAAAAUUGACAGCAUAUCUGUACAUGGAAUAAGCUUUCAUCGACAAUUCUUUGUAACACAACUUGUGGAAGUUGUAAUUUGUUGCAUAUGGAAAUGCCUGUUGAUUGGUGGCAAAGAGAGAUCACAUAGAUCUUCUAGGCAAAAUCCAUAGGUUCUUCCUAGACACUCAGAAUUUUAAGUUGUUAAAUUAUUUCAAAGAAAAGAGAAAAGUAUUGAAGGGACAUUGAGAGAGGUUGGGAGACAUUGAAUGUAUAUUUUUACAUCCUAAGCAUGAAAAAAAAAACCUAAAACCUACAUGGG